AAACAGUUAAAGCCUAUGUGGAUGCACCUAUCAUUGACCAGUGGACAUCUGUAAUUGGUGAGCGUUUUACUACCUCUGGUCUUCAGCUGCGUGCUCGAAGCUACAUGCGCAAAAACGGUCGUAUGGUCUGUGCAAGUUGUAUGGAAGCGAUUCCAGAUAAUGAAAUGAUAACACGCAAACACUUUGUUAAUGCCAACCAGCGAAAACUGCAAUCGAUUCCCAAAGAAACGAAACGUAUAGUGGCUCAGUUACCAUCUUCAGAAAAACCGAUAGUUGUUGAUGAGGUUGGAUAUGAAUUGUUGGACGAACACUUAAGCGGUGAAACAGCAGAUUAUUCCUCAGAUGCCUCCGUGAGUUCAGCACCAUUACGAAGAAGGAAUAAGAGGAAAGCAUAUGUUCCACGUGGUGCUUGUAGCGUCUUGGUUCCUGCGGGAGUGGAUUUAUUCGAACCAGAAUACGACCCUCUUCCCGGGCCUUCAAGUGAAUAUCAUCUAAAGCUAUGUGUCUUAAGUUCGUCUCUAAUUAAUGGUAAUUUAAUUACAGGCUCAGCGAAAGAGUUGUGCAGCGUUGAACCUUCACAUAAACAUACUAAGAACCGCUUGCUGCAUUCGGUAACGACAAAAAAUCGUCGCGCUGGUUCGAACCUAAUAAGGAAUAAUGCAUCCAGCGGAACAGUUGGUUUGCUUCCGAACAACAGUCGUGAGCCAACUAAAAAUAAAGAUGCCCGAAAUGUUAGCAGUGGCUCCACUCGUCGAUUCAAAAGUGACAAAAUUCGAAGGGCUUUUUCAACAGAAUAUUCAAUAAGGAAACCAGUCAGUGAUUCGCUACACAUGACAUUCGUUCGGCAGUCCAAUGAACACGAUAUAUGUCCACCGACCGGACAUCGUUCGCGUCCACCAAGCGUGGAUUCUUUUCACCAACAACCAUUUGCCAUACCUUCUGUUGAUCGUUCACUUAUUCAGUUUUCUGCUAGCCCUUGUGUUUCUUCUCACCAUUCUCCAGAAGUGAAAAAAAAGAGACUUGAUGUAUUGGAGGAAGUUCGUCUUACUUCAACUAAAGCCGAAUCUGGAAGUAAUGUAAUGAAACGUAGUGAUCCAUGUCGACCUCCAAUUAAAAUUGUGUUGAAACCAGUCAAAAAGUGUGAAAUGAAUCCACCGCUUCGAGCAGAAUAUGAAGAACGGUAUUCCUCAUCUCUGAAUAAUUCCGAUGGCGUCAGGCGAGAUUCAGUGCAUUCGGUGCCUGAUCUUCGUUAUCCACCAGCUAUUGAAAAAGCCGUAUUUAAAAUUCGUUCUACAAUCCCACAGAGACGUUCAGAUACUGGAUGUCCACCGAUGAUUAAAGCUACUACAACAGAAGUUAAGGCUCACCUUGAUCAUGGAAAUGACAGUGGUGAAUUUCUUAGUGUGCAAAAUUACAUCUCUUCAACAGAAAAUUUCUCGCAUUUGUUAACUGGAAGGCGAGGUGCUCAAGAGAUGUGUGAAUCAAAAACUGAGAUUGCGGACAACAUUCUAGCAGUACCGAUAGAGAAUAAUGGCUUUAGCAUUGGUGACAUUGUAUGGGCGAGGAAUGGAAUGUUCCCGUAUUGGCCAGGUCGAAUUCACGAAUUUGUGAAAGAAAAUAAAAAAGGUGGAGCAUCCAUUGUGUGGUAUGGUGAUAAUACGUACACUCCUUUCAUCGAGUUCUCUCGAAUCGAAAGAUUUGCUGAGUCCUAUGAAACAAGAUUCAAUCCCAUGCGUCCAGAUCUCAAGUACCAUAAGGCUGUCGCGAAUGCCAUCAUCUCUUGUCUCCCUAAUAGAGGCUAUUUUGAAAAAAAAUUAUCUUCACAAGUCCACGAAGUGCUUAUGAAAGAAAAAAUUGAUCUUGGUGAGGUGAACAUCAUUACAAAAUGUAAGAAAAGGACGUCGAGUGGCUCAUCCAGCAGACGAAGGAAGAUUGUUGCUGCGAAAAUGGAGAUUCAAGAAACUGAAAGAACGGAAAUUGUGAAAACUGUAAUUCCAACAACAAGGGCGAAUGGUGAUGGGCCGAUUGAGGUCGAUCCUCCUUCAUCGAGCACUUCCGUCAUAACCGUCACUUAUAAUUCUGAUGCUUUAAUUACAUUAGGAACCGCGAGCAAAGCUUCUAUUAAUUCGAAAACAAAUUCUUUUGACUCGAAAAAAUCUCUAAGUGGCAGUGAUACUCCAUCGUUAGUUAUUGCACAUGAUUCUGACGAACUUUAG